ACCUCAAAAGAAGAAGAAGAAGAAGAAGUAGUUUGGUCAGUCACUCCGCGUCACCAUGGCCGGUCUUGCACACCUUCCUCCCUCUCUCUGGUCUGGCGGCCCCACUCCAGGACAUUUCUACGAUUUUCCCGCCAAUAAAUCGCAGAAUGAGAGCCGGACGCAUACCCUGUACCCCUCCACCUCUGGCACCUCAGUUGUUGGCUUGGUGUAUGACAAUGGAGUAAUGUUGGCUGCAGAUACCCUGGGCUCCUAUGGAUCACUGGCUCGGUUUAGAAACAUAAAACGAGUCUUCCGGGUAACUGACAAGGCAGUGCUGUCCUGCAGUGGUGACAUUGCUGACUACCAGUACAUCCGUGAGGUGAUCGAACAGAAGGUGCGAGAUGAUGAGAUUCAUGGAUACACUCCAGAGCUGAAUGCUGGUGCCCUGCACUGUUGGCUGACACGAGUCCUGUAUAAUCGCCGCAGCAGGUUUGACCCACUCUGGCUGGAAUGCGUGGUAGCUGGAUACAAGGGUGAUAAACCAUAUUUGGGUUUUGUUGACAAGAUAGGAACGGCCUUUGAAGCUAAGGAAGUUGCUACUGGAUUUGGUGUCCACUUAGCCAUUCCCAUGAUCCGUGAAGCAAGGGAAAAGGGAAACCUUACACGUGAUUCUGCUCGGAAGCUCCUGGUAGACUGCCUGAAGGUGCUUUACUACCGUGACUGCCGUGCCCACUUCAAGUACCAGCUGGCAGACAUAACAACAGAGGGUGUCACCAUUCAUGAUGAUCUUGACCUCAAGCAAGAUACCUCCUGGGAAGUAGCAAACUUUGUCAGGGGAUAUGACUGAAGAUCAUCCUUCUUUAACCAAGCAACUUAGUCCUGUGGAUGAGUUAGUUAUUUUUACAUUGUGACUAGAACUUUCUCCUGUGGUAUUGUCCUAUGCCCUUGCAUCCUUGUAACACUUAAAAGUAAUAAACGAUUGACUCAC